AUGUACCUUUGGGCUCUUUCCAUAUUUUUCCUAUUAAUUGGAAGACAUUCCAUACUCAUGGACCCAGGAAACAACACAGGAAUUUCAGAAUUCCAGCUUCUGGGAUUUUCAGAGAAACCAGAACUGCAGCCCCUCAUAUUUGGGCUUUUCCUCUCCAUGUAUCUGAUCACUGUGUUUGGAAACCUGCUCAUCAUUCUGGCCGUCCACUCUGACUCCCACCUCCACACCCCCAUGUACUUCUUCCUCACCAACCUAUCCUUUGUAGACAUCUGUUUCACCUCCACCACCAUCCCCAAGAUGCUGUGGAACAUUCAGACUCAGAGCAAAGUCAUAACCUACGCAGGCUGCAUCACACAGAUGUAUUUUUUUAUGCUGUUUACAGGAUUAGACAUGUUUCUCCUGACUGUGAUGGCUUAUGACCGCUUUGUGGCCAUCUGUCACCCGCUGCACUACACAGUCAUCAUGAACCCCUGGCUUUGUGGACUGCUGGUUCUGGUAUGUUGGAUCCUGAGUGUCUUUCAUUCUUUACUACACACUUCCAUGGUGUUGCGGUUGUCCUUCUGCACAGAGGUGGAAAUCCCCCACUUUUUCUGUGAACUCAACCAGAUGAUCCAACUUGCAUGUUCUGACACCUUUCUCAAUAAUAUGGUGAUGUAUUUUGCAGCCAUAUUGCUGGCUGCUGGUCCCUUCAUUGGUAUCCUUUACUCUUACUCUAAGAUUGUUUCCUCCAUAUGUGGGAUCUCAUCAGCUCAGGGCAAGUAUAAAGCAUUUUCCACCUGUACAUCUCAUCUCUCAGUUGUCUCUUUAUUUUAUUGUACGAGCCUAGGAGUGUACCUUAGCUCUGCUGCUACCAAGAGCUCCCACUCAAAUACAGUAGCCUCAGUUAUGUACACAGUUGUUACGCCCAUGCUGAACCCGUUCAUCUACAGCCUGAGGAAUAAAGACAUAAAGGAGGCUCUGAUGAGAUUCUCUAGGAUGACAGCUCUAAAAGGGAUAAUUGUCCUGGCACUGAAGAAGUGCCCAUGA